GGCGGAUCAGUUUCUCUCUCAUUGAGAGGGGACAGGAUUGGAAGACGGGCCAUAUAAAGUCGCCUAAGGAGGAGUGAGACAAAGCAGUCGGCUCGGAAUUGGACUUGGGAGACGGGCUGCGCAGCAGGGAUCAUCUUGCGAGGGGAGCACGGAGCGCCAGGCUCCUACUUAGCUGGGUGUUUCGGUGGCUUUAUUUCUUUUGGGCAAACUCACUAUUUUUUGCUGCAAGAGAAAAUAAGGCAACAUCAAUGAAGGAGAGAAGAGCGAGCCAGAAAUUAUCCAGCAAAUCUAUCAUGGAUCCUAACCAGAACGUGAAAUGUAAAAUUGUGGUGGUUGGUGAUAGCCAAUGUGGGAAAACAGCUCUUCUCCAUGUCUUUGCUAAGGACUGCUUCCCAGAGAAUUAUGUCCCUACAGUAUUUGAAAAUUACACGGCCAGUUUUGAAAUUGACACACAAAGAAUAGAGCUGAGUCUGUGGGACACCUCGGGGUCUCCUUAUUAUGACAAUGUCCGCCCGCUUUCCUAUCCAGAUUCCGAUGCUGUCUUGAUUUGUUUUGACAUCAGUCGGCCAGAAACCCUUGACAGCGUGCUAAAAAAGUGGAAAGGUGAAAUUCAGGAAUUUUGUCCUAACACCAAAAUGCUUCUGGUGGGUUGCAAGUCUGAUCUGCGCACAGAUGUGAGCACAUUAGUGGAGCUUUCCAAUCACAGGCAGACACCAGUAUCGUAUGAUCAGGGUACAAAUAUGGCCAAACAGAUUGGAGCAGCCACUUACAUUGAAUGCUCAGCCUUACAGUCAGAGAACAGUGUAAGAGACAUUUUUCAUGUUGCCACGUUGGCAUGUGUAAACAAAACAAACAAAAAUGUUAAGCGGAACAAAUCCCAGAGGGCAACAAAGCGAAUUUCACACAUGCCUGGCAGGCCAGAACUAUCUACAGUUGCUACAGAUUUGCGAAAGGACAAAGCAAAGAGCUGUACAGUGAUGUGAAGGAUCUGGGUUUCCUUAGGAAGAAGGAAGAGACAAUGUGUUCAGGAAAGGUGAAGACUCAAUGAAGUACACAGCCAAAGUGGUAUAUAAUGUGUGGGCUUAAGUCAAGACUUUAAAGGAUACUCUUCACCUUUUGUGUGAGAUUGUAUUUAGGGAUUCAGCAUGUAGACUAAGCAGUGGGAAGAGAUGGAUCUGAAUGAGAUGGCUGUCAAAAAUGUUACAUGGAAGAAAUGCCAAAAAAGGAAAAUAUUUGAAUGUGCUAGAGAAGAGGAGGAAAAGUAGCACCUCAGAGAAAGAAGAUGUCCUUGACAGUGCUUGUUUGUUUUCUUAAAGAUCUGUUCCUGGAUACCUACUUUGAUUUAAUUAAAAUAAUAUUUUAAUGUUCCUUUUUAAAAAUAAAUUAAUUAAAGAGGUUAAUAACACAUCCUCAUCAUUGGGGAACUAGCCCCAUGACCUUACAGUUAGUUUUGCCACAGGAUAUGAUCUAAUUUCCUUGUAGCUCAUCAUUAAAAUGGAAAUUAUAUCAAGAACCAUGGGUCAUCCGGAGGAAAACAUUGUAUAUGAAAAGCUUGGAAAUUAUGCCUUCCUGAAAUGGCUGCACAAGCUAAAUUGGAACAUGUUAAUGACGAGAACCUUUUGAGACUUCCCAUUAUUAUAAGUGCCCUAGCACAACAAAAUUAGACAGAUCAAGUAGAAAAAAAUUAUCUGCUUGUUACAGAACUUUUCAAAACAUUGACUAUUUCUGUUCAUCAUUGUGAUUGUACUUAAAAAGUAAUGCUCUUAAUCUUUAUUGUUUUACAUCUUCUGUGUUAAGAUAUGAUGUACUGUAUGGAUAUGUCAUUGUAGGUUGAGUUGCAAAAUCAGAUGAAAGGUGCUAUCAGUGAUGAUUGCAAAUGAGCCUCAGUUUAAAACAUAAUUCUUACAGCCUUAAUGCCCAAUCCUGUUUAGGUGCUGAGAAUCCUCAGCUCCUAGUCUUCGGGAGUGGAGAUGCUCAGUUCUUCCCAGGCCCUAUGGCUGUGUAAUGGAGAAGUGCUAUUCUGUGGUAUGGUUCUCUGCAACUUUGUUUAAGCAAAAAUAACAGUACACACAUGAGCCAACAUAGCCAAGUUAUCUUGUAUAUGAUACAUUCUAACAGGGCUGCAUUUGGUGACCGUCUCUUAUUUCAGAUUUCAUUUUCUUAGAAUGAGCGCUGUAAGGAAAUGGGGCCUUAAGGAGCCCCCAGUGGAAACUGGAUACUAUUUUAAUCCUAAAGGACUAAUAUGUGCAUAUCCAGACAGUGGUCAUUAAACAUUACUUCAGCGAACCGGAUUCAGUCAAAUUCUUUUUCACUUGCUGAUUACUAUACUUACAUGAAAUAAAUCAAUCAGCCUUUAAAAUAAGUUGCAGAUGUUUACUGACUAAUUAUUGUCAUGGCUUCUUUUUAAAAGGAUACUCUAAGCUCUGACCAGUGUUGCUCUAGCUUGUUGAAAACAAGCAUUCUUUUCCAGUGAUAAUGCUUCAUUUUUGAAGUAUUAAAGUGAUGUUUGCUUUUAAGCUGUGGCAGGGUAGAGGAUGAUGGUAAUUAAAACACUCAGUCCUACGUGUUACCAGCACUUUGCUUUGUUUCUGCAAAAAAGAAAAAAAAUACCAUUCCAGUCAUUUCCCACAAAAAAACCCAGACAUUUUACCACCGUAUAUGCUUUUGAUUGAUGCAACAAUAUGCUUAGGGCAGUAUUACAAAAUAGCUGGCAAGUGCUUUCUGUAUUUAAGUAUUGUAAAAAGAAAAUAAGUUAUAACUGUUAUAAAACAGGACAUUCAUUACUUCUCUUUUUUUAACGUUGAAGUCACUUUGUAUGUUUGAUUAAUGUUUCUGCAGUAUUUAUUAAAAUAUCUUUUUUUUCUUUGAAUAAAAAAUAAUAACCAAGUCUUAGUGUAAAUGACCUGUGUGGCCAGUUCACUGUAAUUUGUGUUUGUUUUCCUGACAUUACUGUACUGAAUAGUAUGCUGUGUACAUCUUGGAGUUUUUAUGCAGUCUGAAUGAAAUUGUGACCUAUC